AUGGGCGGCUGUAUGUCCACACCUUCCGAUGAUCCCAUGGCCGAUAAAAGGAGUAAAGAGAUUGACCGACAGCUAAGAGAGGAUGAAAAGAAGUUGGCAAAAGAAGUCAAAUUGCUAUUGUUAGGUGCAGGUGCUUCUGGUAAAUCAACAAUAUUAAAACAAAUGAGAUUGAUACAUGAGAAACCGUUUGAACCAGUAGAAAUAGAAGAUUAUCGAAAAAUAACAUUCUCCAAUAUAGUAGGAGGAAUGCGAACCAUCAUCGAUGUAAUGGAUGAACUAAAUUUAGCUGUAUUACAAGAGAAUAGGAAAUAUAUCUCAAUGGUAGAUUCAGAACCACCAAUAAAUACAGGAGAAACAUACCCCAUAAAAUACUUGACUGCUUUGAAAUCAUUAUGGGCAGAUCCAAACGUACAAGAAUGUUAUAGAAGAGGAAACGAGUUUGCUUUAGCGGAGAACAUGCCUUAUUUCUAUGAUAACCUGGAUAGGUUAUUCCAGAAUGAGUAUAGACCUACCUCAGAUGAUAUUCUACGUGUUAGGAGUAAGACCACCGGUAUAACCGAGACUAGAUUCCCUCUAAAUGAUGUCGUUUUCAGAUUAUUUGACGUUGGUGGGCAACGGUCCGAGCGGAGGAAAUGGGCUUCGUGCUUUGAGAACGUCACUGCGAUUCUCUUCUUAGUAUCUUUGUCAGAUUACAACUCUUGUCUGAUAGAAGAUAGGGAAUCAAACGGUAUGCAAGAAGCUUUGUUGCUAUUCGACUCUAUCUGUAACUCUCAAUGGUUUGUUAAAACAUCAAUUAUUCUCUUCUUGAACAAAGCAGAUAUUUUAAUGGAAAAGAUCAAAGACCCUCAGCAACAGAUAAAGAGACAUUUCAGCGAUUUCGAGGGUAAACCUGGAUCUUUCAACGAUGCUGUGGACUUUUUCAAAGUGAAAUUCCGAUCACUGAAUCGAACACCGUCCAAGGAGAUAUAUUGUCAUGUGACGACAGCGGUAGAUGUCCAGAACGUCAAGAUCGUGAUGGCAGCGUGUCAAGAUACUAUCCUGAAGAACGCUUUGAGGGAUAUGGCCAUUAUAUAG